AUGGAUCUUCUUUCAUCAGAUCCAAUAGCUGAACUAUUGAACACUUAUAAUGAACUCAAUUCGUCUACAAUAACUGUUUUGAAUGAAGCGCCUUCAGCCCUCGAGUUUAUGCGUUUUGUCUCCUUGAAUCGACCCUUCGUCGUACGAGGAUUCGCUUCGGACUGGAAAGCAACAUCUACAUGGUCACUAUUGCAUCUCAAAUCCACACUCUCCUCACAACAAGUGAACGUAGCCGUGACCCCCCACGGAAACGCCGACUCUCCCACCCCAAACGAAGAUGGGGAUCUCGUGUUUGUGAAACCAUGGGAGGAGUCGCGGCCGUUUGCGAAAUUCGUGGAUUUUGUUUCGCAGCAAGAAUUGCGCGGGAGAAAGGAUGGAGAAGAGGUUCACUAUGCUCAAACACAGAAUGACAAUCUACGUAAUGAAUACUCGUCGAUAUUUUCGGAUGUCGAAAAGGACAUAUCUUUCGCCAGGAUAGCACUCCAGCAAGAUCCGGACGCCAUCAAUCUCUGGAUAGGAAACUCGCACUCAGUGACCUCUCUCCAUAAAGAUCCUUAUCAAAAUAUCUACGUACAGAUCCUCGGCCAAAAACACUUCACUCUCCUCCCCCCUCUUUUCCACUCCUGCAUUAACGAAGUAUCUCUUCCAUCCACCUCCUAUAUGCGUUCUACAUCUAACCCUUCGAUCCUCAUUAUCGAAUUGGAUUCACCCGCUACAGAACUACCCAUCGCAACUUGGGAUCCAGAUCAACCGUCCAAAAACCCAACGAAAUACUCACAUCUAGCUCAACCAAUGCAUGUGACGCUGGAAAAGGGAGAUAUGUUGUAUUUACCAGCAUUGUGGUAUCACAAAGUAGGACAGAGCUGUGGAGAUGAGGGGAUCUGUGUUGCUGCUAAUUACUGGUGA